AUGGCGAAAAAAACAGCUGAGAGAGCAGUUGCAGCAACGAUGGGUUUGUUGAAGGAAAAUGCUGCAGAGGGAGAAGGUGGAGAAUCGGUUGGUGUAGAGGCGGGACCACCUGCUGGGGAGGUUGGAGUAGGUGCUGGAGGAGAGGCAGAAGAGGCAGGUCCACCGGCUGGUGUAGGAGCUGGAGGGGAGGAAGCUGGAGAAGAUGCGGGUGCUGGAGUGGCUGGAGUGGGAGCAGCUGCUGGUGGUGUUGCUGCUGGAGGUGUUGCAGUGGGAGGAGUUGCAGUUGGUGGGGUUGCUGGUGGUGGUGUUGCCGGUGCUGGAGAUUUUGGCGAAGGGGUUGCUGUUGGUGGUGUUGUUGGUGCAGCAGAUGGGGCUUGUGCAAAACAAGAGGUGGCCAGUAGACCUAAGAAAAGAAAAACUUGUAGUGCUGCAAAGGAAGCCAUUUUGUGGUUUUUAGGGGCGGAGAGAUAUUUUGGAGAUGGAAAAAUUGUUUGA